AUGACGAUUUAUAUCGCUGUAGAUUCUUCGCUGUCUAUGUCAGUUGGUGAAGAAACUGGCCGAUUUCAGUACGCCGGUCAACUAGCAGCAAAAACUGCUGACUGUUUAAUUGAUAGGAUUUUUCGAAGGAAAAUUUGUUUGGUGCAGUUUUCGCAUAACUCUUCGAUAUUGCUUCACGAUGUAAAGUCUGGAGCCGAAAUACUGGAUACACUUUCAAAUGUGAAGGUUACUGGCUCUUCAGACUUACUUUCUCUUUUCUCACUUAUGAAGAUGGAAAAAGCAAGUAAGGAUAGUGUCCUUGUUGUUAUUGCAGAUGCGUCUUCAUUUACUACGGAGGAAAUAAAAUUUUCUCAUUUACCCGAAUGUCCUAUAGUAGUUGCUUGCGUCCUUAAUGAAUUCAAGGCUGAUACUGGACAAAUAGCUCGAUUCAUGUUCCUAUCAGGUGGACCUGCGCAAGUUGAUGGGUUGAGCAUGUCGUCACUAAUGAAGAAGGGAGUAUUCGAGAAGUACAAACCAUUUUUUAAAUCUGAUUUUGAAAAAGUUGAAUGUUUUGCAGCCGCUUUAUCAGAAGCUAUUAUUCCUUGUCGAGAAUUUUUGCUUAGAUGCGGUAUGCUCUCAGCAACAGUUCAGAUUGUUCCUGCAGACUACAGUUGUAAAUGGGAGGAUGUUAUUGAAAUUAUUGGGUUUUCCAAGGCAGUUAAUCUUGGGAAUAUACCAACCUCAGAUCACCAUUUCCUGAAAUAUCGGGAAGAGCAUAACGAUGUUGAUGAUGCUAGUGUUAAAGGUUUUUUGAAUUUGUUAUGCAGUACUAUGAAUAGUGAGGAAAUGACAGCUAUCUGUCGUUUAAAUUCUGAAACCUAUGGUAUUAUCUCAGCAGUAAAGAACGAAAGAAAGGAUAAUUGUUUGCUGAUUCAGUGUUUGCCGUAUGGGACGAAGUCUGUUUAUUGGAUGAAGAAUUUUGAGAAGCUGGUUUGUAGAUGCAUAACAAACGGUGAUGAUUUCAAAUUGUGUCUUACUUCCGAUGGCCUUCCGAAACCUUCCUACUCUUCACAGAGAACAAUAUGGGACGACUCUUUUGGAAUUCAAAGCGAUAUACAAAAGAUAUUACGCUUACUUAAGAAAAUCCCUGAUAGAAUGCCUGCAUUUUAUACAGAAUUGAAUCGUGUGCAUGCUUAUGCAUGCACGAUAGGAGCAGAAGACAUCCACGACAAACUUAUCGACCUCAUCGAAGCUGAAGCAAGCAACCAAUCUCCGGUUAUAAAAAAGCAUAGUGCUUAUGUCUGUGCGAAACUAAGGAAAAUGGGUUUGAACGAUUCAUCUGAAAUAAUACCUAUUUCUUGA